GGCUCCGGACAUCUUUGCCGGGACAUGGCCGCCGCCGGUGCCGGGUCCUUGAGCUGAGCGCCCGCCGCCAGGAGCCAACCUCCGCCGUCAGCCAUCCGCGCGGGCUGGGCCCGAGCCGCCGCUGGGACGGCGAGGAGCCGCGGCCACCGCUGGGGAAAAGGAAGCAGAGUAGGAGGCCGGAGCGGCCGCCGCGUCCUGGCACAUGGCGUCCAUCUUACUGAGGAGCUGUCGCGGCCGGGGGCCUGCCCGCCUCCCACCGCCACGCGCCGCGGCUCCGCGGGGUGGUCUGGGGGAUGCUGCUUGUCUCGCUUGUGCCAGCUCGGUGGGGUUGAGAAGCCACCUGAAUGUUCCAUUUGGCUGCUGUGCUCCGUGCCACCCUGUGUACCUUUCUCUCAGAGGUGGUCACCUUGGCUGUUGGACUCUGAGGCCUGAGUGCUUGCACAUGGUGGCAAGAGCACCAUGGACUCCUGCCACAGUGGGUUUGGUUGUCGCAGGACCUCGGUGCCUUCCUGUGCGAGGCUGGCACUCGUCGCUCCGCCUUUGCGAUGACUCUGUGGUAGAGAAGUCCCUCAAGUCCUUGAAGGACAAGAACAAGAAGUUGGAGGAAGGGGGCCCGGUGUACAGCCCCCCCACAGAGGUGGUGGUUAAGAAGUCCCUCAGGCAGAGGGUGCUGGACGAGCUGAAGCACUACUACCACGGCUUCCGCCUGCUCUGGAUUGACACCAAGAUCGCGGCGCGCAUGCUCUGGCGGAUCCUCAAUGGACACACCCUGACUCGCCGGGAACGCAGGCAGUUUCUCCGGAUCUGCGCUGACCUCUUCCGUCUGGUUCCCUUCCUCGUGUUCGUGGUGGUGCCAUUCAUGGAGUUCCUGCUGCCCGUGGCUGUGAAGCUCUUCCCCAACAUGUUGCCAUCCACAUUUGAGACCCAGUCCAUUAAGGAGGAGAGGCUGAAGAAGGAGCUUCGGGUCAAGCUGGAGCUGGCCAAGUUCCUCCAGGACACCAUUGAGGAGAUGGCCUUAAAGAACAAGGCAGCCAAGGGCAGCGCCACUAAAGACUUCUCUGUGUUUUUCCAGAAGAUCCGGGAGACAGGGGAAAGACCUAGCAACGAGGAAAUCAUGCGUUUUUCCAAAUUAUUUGAAGAUGAACUAACUCUGGAUAACCUAACGCGGCCGCAGCUGGUGGCAUUAUGCAAGCUCCUGGAGCUACAGUCCAUCGGCACCAACAACUUCCUGCGGUUCCAGCUCACCAUGAGGCUGCGGUCCAUAAAGGCUGACGACAAGCUGAUUGCUGAAGAAGGGGUGGACAGCCUGAAUGUCAAGGAAUUGCAGGCAGCAUGUCGGGUUCGGGGCAUGCGGGCCCUCGGCGUCACAGAAGACCGUCUGAGGGAGCAGCUGAAGCAGUGGCUGGACCUGCACCUGCACCAGGAGAUCCCCACGUCACUGCUCAUACUGUCCCGAGCUAUGUACCUCCCAGACACCCUCUCGCCCGCAGACCAGCUCAAAUCUACGCUGCAGACCCUUCCAGAGAUCGUGGCAAAGGAAGCCCAGGUGAAAGCGGCCGAGGUGGAGGGCGAGCAGGUGGACAACAAGGCAAAGCUGGAGGCCACACUGCAGGAGGAGGCGGCCAUCCAGCAGGAGCAUCGGGAGAAGGAGCUGCAGAAGCUCUCGCAGGCAGUGAAGGACGUUGAGCUGGAAGGAGCAGAAGCUGCCCCUGGGGGACCAGUGGCUGAACCACAGCCAGAAGUGCCUGAUGUGACCCUGCAGUCAGAGACCCUGAAAGACACUGCCCCAGUGCUGGAGGGCUUGAAGGAAGAGGAGAUAACAAAGGAGGAGAUUGACAUCCUCAGCGAUGCCUGCUCGAAGCUGAAGGAGCAGAAGAAGUCGCUUACCAAGGAGAAGGAGGAGCUAGAGCUGCUGAAGGGGGACGUCCAGGACUACAGUGAGGACUUGGAAGAGAUCAAGAAGGAGCUUUCAAAGACUGGCGAAGAAAAAUAUGUGGAAGAAUCUAAAGCCAGCAAGAGGCUGACGAAGCGGGUGCAGCAGAUGAUCGGGCAAAUUGAUGGCUUGAUCUCGCAGCUGGAGAGGGACCAGCAGGCCGGCAAGCUGGGCCCAGCUGAGGGCACACCUGUGGGGGAGAAUGUCAUCAGCGUCACUGAGCUCAUCAGCGCCAUGAAGCAGAUCAAGCACAUUCCAGAAAACAAGCUGCUCAGCUUGGCCUCAGCACUGGAUGAAAACAAGGACGGCAAGAUCAACAUCGACGACCUUGUCAAGGUAAUCGAUCUGGUGGACAAAGAAGACGUUCACGUGUCCACCAGCCAGGUGGCCGAGAUCGUGGCGACACUGGAGAAGGAGGAGAAGGUGGAGGAGAAGGAGAAGGCCAAGGAAAAGGCUGAGAAGGAGGCUGCAGAGGUGAAGAACUAACCGCCCACCCUGGCGCCUGCCGUCUGCUGCACGGGCACUGUGGUGAUGCCGUGGUAGUGAUCGCUUGGAGCUGAUUCUUCUUAGUGGCAAAUCUAAUAUUUUGGCUGGAAUAAAUCAGAAACUUCCACAAUCAAGUAAUUUUUUUAAUUUUCAUCAUUCCAUGAAGAUUCUAUCAGUCUGGAACCCUGGAGCCCAUCCAGGGAGUUGUGUCUGGACACUGUGGUGUGGGUGCAGCCCCACCGGCCCCCUGCGUGUGCCCUCGCCAUCUCUGUGCCACCCUGUCCUCAGGAGAGUGAGGACCACGUGGAUGCUGAUGGCCGUGUGAAGCCGGGCAGACGUGCCUGCACGCCCUCAGAGGCAUCCAGACAGGAUUAGAUUAAUACAAACACAGCCUCGGCCUGAACAAGAUGCUUUGAUCAAUCUGUGGACUCCGAUUCCUAGAUAUCAGUAUAAAAUAGAUUUGUCUCUUUGUACACGCUUGCAAAGUCAGAUCUGUGUAACUAUUGCAACAGAAGUAUCUGUCUUCUCUCAGUGGCCUCUGGAAAAUAACAACUCCCGACAGGAAUGCCAGUGAUUCUUGCGUGGACUUCCCAUUAUGUGCUUAUGGAGCUCUUUCUUGAUUUGCCAUUUAUUUUUACCUAAUUCUUCAAUCAGUUGAUUAGUAUGGAAUUUGCACACAGGGCAAUCUGCCUGACUUAUGAGGAUUUUCUAACCUAAAUUAUGCUAGCUAUGAGAGAUACUAAUGAAGCCUUUGACAUCGAAGCAUUUCACUUUUGGGUAACUCCUUGGCUGUGGUGAUGGGUCGCUAGCGUUCACUGCAGGGGCGCUGGGGCAGAUCCUCUGUGUAUCUGGAAAUGGGCCCAGCCUGGGCUUGGGGCUCCGCAGCCAAUGGACCCCCAACAGCCCAACCCUAGCAUAGCAGGACCCCCUGGGGCUCUUGGUGGCUCCUCAUGUGGAAUUUAAAGCCAGCACCCAUGGCUGUGCUCACCUGUCAGUCCAAGACACCGAUUCCUUUAACACAUUGUCGGCCCAGGUCCCUCAGCUGGUUUUAGAACAAACGGACACCAAGGAAUGCAGAUGUGUGGUGCAGAGGGUGUCUCAAGGGGCUUUCAGAACAGCGACACCCCCGUGCUUAGGGCUUGCCCAGUGCCCCUUGGGUGGAGCUGGGUGGCCCCCGUGGGCUUGGUGUCCAGAGCUCUCUGCCAAGUGGCCAGCGGCCUCUCAACACUUAGCAGCACAGUUGGGGGAUGGCCGGGCACAGUGUCCUGUGGCCUCACCACCACCUCCCUGCCCUGCUUGUAGUCACACUCUUCCUGCUAAGGCCAGGCUGGAUACUGGCAGGAAUGUCCUCGGGGACCGCAGACAUAGGAAUUCAGAAGACAGGAAUAACAUGCGCAGAGUGGUCGUGCUCGCCAGGGACAGCAGCAGCUCUCAGAGGAUGAUAUUUCUCAGUUACUUGAAACUUUUUUUUGUUCAGCCAUUAAAGAAGAAACUUGACAAUUAGGGGUAAGAUGAUAUAUCCUCAAAUGUAAACCUUUGUAAAGUAGUAGUUGGGUUCUAAAGGUUUUUUAUUUCAAUUAUUUGAGAAGUAUGUUUUAGAUGCUUAAUAUUUAUGAAUUCUCUUACUCUAUGUGAGUCGCCUGGUUUUCAGUUGUCAAAGUGUACUUACUUUUGAGAACAGCUUUGUGGUUGCCAAAGGCAUCCCCCGGAUGAUGGAUGUCUGUCCUGUGAGCAGCACUCGGGGGGCAGUCAGCUGUGCCCAACUCCUGUCCUCACCCGCACUGCCAGGCCAGGUGCAGUCCACGACUCGACCAUCGGCUGUCGCUACAGAACAGCAGCUGCCAUGGGCAGGCAAUCCCACCAGCCCCGUGCCCUGGACUCUGCUGCCCUCCUUGGGGGUUCUGCAGGCAUGUGGGCAGGGUCUCUGUCAGUUCUAGUAACCUUAGGUGUGGCCUGAGAUGGGCUUUCCCCUCAGCAUUUGUGUUUGUUUUUUUAAAACUGUGUGCAUAUGAACUGGAUUUAUUGUAGCUGGAAGCAGUGUCCAGGCACAGGUAUGAGAAAUGGUGGGUCCAGAAGAGUGUUGUGAGUAGGUUUUUAAAAGCUGUCCGUGCUGGUACCUGCCUGGUGCCUGAGCCCGCAGCCUGCUCAUGCUUUCUCAGGCACGAAGGUGUUUCUCCUUUCGCUCCUCCUGCACACCCACUUCCUAGGUGGGGUUCAGGAAACUGGCACGUGGCUUCCAGAGUCACUUUGGAAUAUCCCAAUCUAGACUUUUUAAAAAUGAAGGGCACUGUGUAAUUUUGCAAGAUAACUCCCUGGCAGUGGUGGUUCUCACGGCAGGGCCAGGGAUCCGCAGGGCAGCACCACCUGGGAACUUGGUCGGGGGUGAGUUCUGUCUUCACACGUCCCCAUCCUGCGGAGCUCCAUCCUGGGCUGUGUGUAAACACCUUUUGUAGAAAUAGUAUUUUUAUUAAAACAUCAAACCCAUGAUCCUGUAAUAGCUCAGAGUAAUAUUUUUGAACCAUUUGACACAUAAGAAGUCCAAGUGGAAACUGUCAAGUGCUGUCUCAGUGUCUGCUGUCCUGACUGGAUGUUGGCAAGCUCCUGUUGGGGUGUGCUGCCGUGAGGCCAGGUUCCAGAAGGAGCCCCACCUUCCUUGGGGGGCCCCUCCAGUGCUGGCCCACCUCCCCUGGGCUCAGGACCCGGUUCUUGGCCUCCUGCCCUGUGUGACAGUCUGUGGUCCCGUGGCAGCUGGGAGGAGCGUGGGGGGUCCUCGCCACAGCAGAUGCACCACUGUGCCAGGCUGACCCUGGCCCAUGGCAGUGACGUGCCAUGUGGUCAUGUGUUUUCUAGACACACCAUUUGAUACAAGGAAACGAUUUAAUAAAGCACUGUCUUGACAA